UAUUGUUGCUGUUGUAACAGGAAUGUCACGCAGCUGACUGGCCGUGCGCCAUUGACGGGACCGCGGCAGCGUGCAGCGCGAGCAGCGCGCCAUGGAGCCGGACCACACGCCCAACGAGUUCCCGUUCAGCUCGGCACCGGGCACGGAGCUGCUGCAGGUUCCGCUCUCGUACCGCACCUCCUCCGACGGAAGACAGCUGGUGUACACCAUCACAACGUGUGGUGGCGGGGGCGGCUCCUCCUCUGGCGGCGGCGGCAACGGCAGCGGCAACGGCGGCGGCUCCCUGACGCCGGCCAUGCUGGCCGACACGGCCGGCUUGCUGGACGUGCUCAAGCAAGACACGCUGGUGGCUGUCGACGCGCUCGACGGCUUCGCCGCGCACGCCGACCAGGUGGCCGCAGUGGCGCCGCGGCCAACUGCAGGUUACCAGGACGACCACCAGAUGUCGGCCAACGCCGAGCUGGUGGACGCCGUGGCGCAGUACGUCCAGCAGAUGGCCAACGCUCAGCCGCCCGCCAGCCUGGUCGAGAUCAAGCACAGGAGCGGCGAGGUGCUGUGCUUCCUGUGCGACUCGCCGGCGGCGCGCGGCAUGAUCGAGAUAUUCGGCGAGACCAACAUCCUGUCGGCCUCCAAGACGCCGGUGUGCGUCAAGCUGGAGUGCCUGCUGGACUGCCCGCUGCCGGCCGAGCGCCUUCACAGCGACGCCAUCUGCCUGGCCUGCCUCAAACUGCUGGAGGAGGCCGACGACGUCGACUUCCGGCUCAAGGAGCUUCAGGAGCGGUCCGAGCAGCUGACCCGCCAGGUGCGGCAGCGUUUCACGCGGACCGUGCUGGGGCGCAAGGUCGAGUACGCCGGCUGGCGGCCCGUGCCGCUGCCACACACUCCAGAAGAGGAGGAGGCCAAGUCGACCGCCGCUCCGCCCGAGCCGCCGUCAGCUGACUGUGACGUCACGGAGGAGUGGCCGGAGGAACGCGGCGGCAGUCGGGCGUCGUCGCCGUCGCCCAGCGUCAUCACCGGUGACCUGGCUGACCCUGAUGACCCGACCGAUGACCUCUACGUGGCGUUGGCCACGUCAAAAGCCGAGUCGGCCGCCCGCAAAAAGAAAACGGGCUCCAAGGCCCGCGUCAAGGUGGUAGUGCCGGACCCCCGGGACCCGGCGCGCAGCAAGGUCAAGUACGUGUACGACCACAGCCACGCGUGCCACAUCUGCGGCAAGACGUUCGCCUGGCAGGGACACCUGACCAAGCAUCUGCAGACUCACACGGGCGAGCGGCCGCUGAACUGUCACAUCUGCGGCCAGACGUUUCGCUGGUCCUCCCACCUGACCAGCCACCUGCGGCGCCACAACGACGACAAGCCGUUCGUGUGUAACGUGUGCGGCAAGAGGUUCGUGUCGAGCUCCGUGUUCAAGGGCCACAUGCGCACACACACGGACGAGAAGCCCUUCAUGUGCGGGGUGUGCGGCAAGCAGUUCCGGGACAAGAGUAACCUGCGCACGCACGAGUGGGUGCACACGGACAAGCGGCCGCACCGGUGCGGGCCGUGCGACCGCGGCUUCCUCACCACCAGCGCGCUGAAGGUGCACAACAGGACUGUGCACGGCCUGGCGCCGGCCGCCAGAGCCAAGUGACGGGGCGCGCGGCGGGGCGGCCAGCG